CUGAGGAGUUGGCAUAAUGACACGUAUCCAAAAUGGCGGCUGCGGACAUGGAGACGUGGUGGGCGCUGCUGCUGCUGUCCUUGUUGCCUGGCGUCCGGCUUUUCUACGUUCCCGGAGUCGCUCCCCGGGAUUUCCAUGAGGGCGACACAGUAGAUAUUAAGGCCGUGAAGCUGACCAGCUCCCGCACGCAGCUCCCUUAUGAAUACUACUCGCUGCCUUUCUGUAAGCCAGACUCUGUCUUCUACAAAGGAGAGAACCUGGGAGAAGUGUUACGUGGCGAUCGAAUCGUGAACACUCGCUACAACGUGGAGAUGAACAAGGACAAGAAGUGUGAGCUGGUGUGUGACAAGAAGAAGCUGAGCGUGGAGGAGAGCCGGCUGAUGGCUGAGCGGAUCCAGGAGGAGUAUUACAUCCAUCUAAUCGCAGACAACCUUCCCGUAGCCACCAGGUUGGAGUUUUAUCCAAACAGAGAGGCAGGCGGGGAGGAGGAGCAGAAGAAGGACGUGGUGAAAGAUAUCCAGUUUGAACACGGAUACAGACUUGGCUUCUUCGACAACAACAAGUUUUACCUGCACAACCACCUGUCCUUCAUCAUCUACUUUCACAGAGAGAAACUAGAGGAGGGCGAGGUCCACAACUACCGGGUGGUGCGCUUUGAGGUCAUUCCUCAGAGUGUCAAAGUAGACGAUCUGAAGGCUGUGGAAAAUGAAAAGACUUGCACGUUGCCUGAGGCCAGUGGCUCCGCCCCUCAGGAGAUCGACCCGGCGAAAGAGAACGAGGUCCUCUUCACGUACUCGGUGCACUGGGAGGAGAGCGAGGUGAAGUGGGCGUCUCGGUGGGACACCUACCUGACCAUGAGCGACGUCCAGAUCCACUGGUUCUCCAUCGUCAACUCUGUGGUCGUCGUCUUCUUCCUGUCUGGGAUCCUCAGUAUGAUCAUCAUCAGGACUCUGAGGAAGGACAUCGCUAACUACAACAGAGAGGACGACAUCGAGGACACCAUGGAGGAGUCAGGCUGGAAGAACGUCCACGGGGACGUGUUCAGGCCGCCGCAGUAUCCCAUGAUCCUCAGCUCUCUGCUGGGCUCGGGGAUCCAGCUGUUCUGCAUGAUCCUCAUCGUCAUCUUUGUUGCCAUGUUGGGCAUGUUGUCGCCGUCCAGCAGAGGAGCCCUGAUGACCACAGCCUGCUUCCUCUUCAUGUUCAUGGGGGUGUUUGGUGGAUAUUUUGCAGGCAGACUGUAUCGAACACUGAAAGGUCACCGGUGGAGGAAAGGAGCUUUCUGUACAGCCACUCUGUAUCCUGCCGUGGUCUUUGGGAUCUGCUUCAUCCUCAACUGUUUCAUCUGGGGAGAACACUCGUCUGGAGCAGUCCCCUUCACCACCAUGCUGGCCCUGCUCUGUAUGUGGUUCGGGAUCUCCAUGCCCCUGGUCUACCUGGGGUAUUACUUUGGUUUCCGUAAGCAGCCCUAUGAUAACCCGGUCCGCACCAACCAGAUCCCCCGACAGGUUCCCGAGCAGCGUUGGUACAUGAACAAGUUUGUAGGGAUCCUGAUGGCCGGGAUUCUGCCGUUUGGAGCCAUGUUCAUCGAGCUCUUCUUCAUCUUCAGUGCCAUCUGGGAGAAUCAGUUCUAUUACCUGUUUGGCUUCCUGUUCCUGGUGUUCAUCAUCUUGGUGGUGUCCUGCUCUCAGAUCAGCAUCGUGAUGGUUUACUUCCAGCUCUGUGCAGAGGACUAUCGGUGGUGGUGGAGGACGUUCCUGGUCUCAGGAGGCUCGGCGUUCUACGUCCUCAUUUAUGCAGUUUUCUACUUUGUCAACAAGCUCGACAUCGUGGAGUUCAUACCCUCGCUGCUCUACUUCGGUUACACCGCCCUCAUGGUUCUGUCCUUCUGGCUGCUGACGGGAACGAUUGGCUUCUACGCCGCCUACAUGUUCAUCAGGAAGAUAUACGCCGCCGUAAAGAUCGACUGAGUGGGCGCCGUGGUUGCUCCUCUCCUGGUUUCUUUACUUUUGUCACCUUCAGUUUUUUAAUGUACAUAUUUUUUAUUCUUCGUGUCCUACGAGCACUGACUUGUGUGUGGAGGGAACGGGGAGUCACAGCGCCCCCUGCUGGCCUCAUCGAGGAGCUAAAGCAGCUGUUUGUCUCCCCAUCCUCCCCCCUGGCUUCUGUCUCCCCCCUCCUCCCUCCAUGACAGAGACCCAGAGGACCGCCCCCCCCUUCCUCUGACGGGACUGUUUCUCCUGCACAGCGGGCCAAAGCUUGUUCUCAUGUUUUUCUGCACAUUUCUCUUUAAUUUAUCAGGUUGUUUUUCUGUCCUCCUCGUCUCCUCCUCUGUCCUUUCUUACGUCUCUCUGGUGUCGGGACAGAGAUCAGGCCGAGUCUUACUGUGGUGUUCAUGUUGUUGUGUUGAACUGAUGGGAAUUAUUAUGGGAUGUUCUGCAUUGUAUCAAAGACACAGAUCUAUUAAAUGUACUAUGAUUGUUUACUCCUGUUUCCUGGUGAGGAAGACACUGACCCAUGAAGAAGAAAGACUGGAACACUGAUGUGCUUAAGUGGGCGUGGCCUUAGCAGCGCUGCAGCCUGGACCUCUGCAGACAGACGGGUUGUUAAGGUGUGAAGACCGGCCUGUGACAGACGAUCACCUGCGUGUGUUUCUACCUGUGCAGGUGGAUCUCAUGUUGUUCUCUUACAUAUUUAUCAUUGUAUGUUUACUUUGAUCUGCAGCUGACCUGAUGAAGUGUUUGUAGCUAAUAAAUCUAAAGAGUUGGAGCUGAAAUCAAAACAAACUAAACAUUGAUCAAACGAUGACGUCAUCGUUAUUUCAGAUGCAUCAGAUUUCUUACCUCUAAUCAGAAGAGAGGACGUCAUCUGAACCACCCGCUGCUUAGCUUAGCUAGCCUCUUGCUAAGCUGCUCAAAGGUUACAUGUGGUUGGUGAUUGGUUUAAAAUGAUGGGAGAGGUUUCUGAACGUGGGAUGAGGAUAAUGUUUUAUUAUUUUAACAUAAUUAAGGGUGUCAAAAAGAAGUCAACGAUAGUUUAAGCUUCUCUGAUUAACAAUGUGGUUCUCUGCUGCUGUGACAGAUUUACAUCCAGCUCUGGAACGCCAUCGAAACCCAGAAACUUGUUCCUCAGUUAAAGAGCCAAACGGGUACAUUUGUGUUCUCCUUUGCACUGAGCCGAGGUGUGACUGCAGGGCUAUAGAGAAAGGGGGGCAGUCACUGGAUCAGCCCCGAUUCUGCAGGGGCCAAACUUCCUGUUCCUCUUCCUGUCUGUCAUCAGUCCAAAACCUGAGCCAGGUGCUCGAGGAGUCCUUCAAGUUCCCUCCGCCACUGUCUCGAGACACACGAGUGAACUCACAUCACUGAUUUAGACGUUCAGAUCUGCUUCUGCUGCUGAGAGGAUUUUUACAGUCUAAGACGCCCUGGUCAUACGUGUGUGAGAGAGAUUACGUUGUAAAUAAAGACGACAGCUUUGUAUUUGUUGCGUUUCGCUGUUUGUGGCGCUCUGUAAUGAAUCCUCGUUUUAGCCAAAAGCAUGACGCUCAUGAUGACUUUCAAAGGAACUGAUUUCUGUUACUUAUCUCUUUUUGUUUCUUUUACAGAACGUCCGAUUACAAAAUGUACAAAAUAAUAAAGUGCUGAGUUCAAUUUGAAAA